CCUGCACGAUGUAUUCAUAUCCGGGGCCCCGAUCACGUGGUUCAUCCAUCUUUUCCUUCAAUCAUGUAAAAUAGAAAACGAGGAACCUACAAGAUUCUCCGAACAAAUCAACACUUAAUGGGCUGCAAAUUUAGUAACGAUCUUCAUCAAAAUCAGCAGCAAUGAAAGGCGGGUUUUCUGCACCUGGUGAUUACAUCUACUUCAAGUCGCAAGUCCCUCUUCACAAGAUCCCUAUUGGCACGAAGCAAUGGAGAUAUUAUGAUUUUGGUCCUAAAGUAGUGCCUCCACUAAUAUGUCUUCCGGGCACCGCUGGUACAGCUGAUGUGUACUAUAAACAAAUCAUGGCGCUCUCGAUGAAGGGUUAUCGAGUGAUUUCCAUUGAUAUUCCCCGCGUAUGGAACAGCCAAGAGUGGGUUCAAGCAUUUGAGAAGUUUUUGGAUGUUAUCGAUGUCCACCAUAUACAUCUUUACGGUACGUCUCUAGGGGGAUUCUUAGCACUACUCUUCGCACAACACCGACCAAGACGAGUAAAGUCAUUGGUACUCUCGAACGCGUUUUUGGAGACAAAAUAUUUUGCAGCUGCCAUGCCUUGGGCUCCCGUUGUUAGUUGGACCCCUUCUUUUUUGCUGAAACGAUACGUCUUAAUAGGAAUACCGAGUGGUCCACAUGAACCAUUUAUUGCUGAUUCUGUUGACUUCGUUGUUGCACAGGUUGAGACCCUCUCAAGGGAAGAUUUGGCUUCAAGGUUGACUUUAACGAGUGAUGAUGCAUCGAUUGGACCGCUCAUGCUUUCAGAUUCUGUGAUCACUAUAAUCGACACAAACGACAAAUGCGCAAUUCCUCAACAACUCAAAGAUGAAGUAAGUGAAAAGUUUCCUGGUGCAAGAAAAGCAUACAUUAAAAGUGGUGGCGAUUUUCCAUUUCUUUCGCGCCCGGAUGAAAUUAAUCUCCAUCUUAAGUUACACUUGAGGCGUGUCGGUGUAGAAGCCCGGGAAGAUCUAGUUCCCGGAAUCCCAAAACCUGGCGACGACAACAGCGGCAGUGGUAGUGGUAGCGGUGGUGAUGGCGGCUCUAGUGAACCAAAAGACGAUAGAGAAGGUACCGAUGACGCUCCUAACGGAAACGGGUCAAAGUCAAACCCUGGCGGCUCUUUCAGUAAUUCGGGCCAGCCGCCACUUGUCCCCGAGAACCAUAAUUCUCACGGCUCAGACAACCAGCCGCUGGGCGGCACCACCACGGAUGGUGAUUACCCUUUUGUGCCUAUCCUACUUGAAGCAUUUUGUGAGAAAAAAGUUGUCUUGGCGAGAAGUUUUUUGCAUUUUUGGCUUAAGUUUUUCGAUAUUUAUUAUCGGCUUCCUUUUAGUUUGUUGACUUUGUACAUCAUCAACAACAAGCAUCAUCCUAAGAUUCAGUUGUCCAUGUAGAUGGUAAGUUUUUUCUUGUUUGUAAAAUAUUGUUUGGUCAUUGUUUUUAUACAACUUUUUUCUUUUAGUUUUGUUGGUUUUAUUUAUGUCAGAGAACACAUUUACUGUAUUUUGUUAAUUUUAUUCGUUUAUAGUAUUUGUCUUUAGUAAUUA